CAGCAGGCACGAGAAGAGACCUGGCACAUCAUUGGUCCCGAAGUCUCACAGAGAUGGAAGAGCCAUCCAUUCUGAUUGGACAGCAGGUGGCAGUGCAUGUGGAUGAAGGAAGCUGUCCUGUCCGCAGAAGUAAGAGGCUCAGGCGAGGGAGGGGACCUCCGAGAUGUUCAAUAACACCCACACAAACACACACACAUGCAUGCUCUCACACACACAAAACAGUAUGCACUUACAUCAUCAUUGGGAGGAGGAGCUUCGCCGAGUCUGAGGAUUGCAGACUGCUACUGCAAAAGGGAUGACUUGAGAGGGGAAGCACACCAGCAUGGGGAUGAUUCAGCCUUGACAUCCUGCAGCCAGUGUGAAGACAUAAAAACUACUGCAGCCCAGUCCGAGUCCUGAUCAGAGCAGGACUCGGAUUUGAUGCGCAGGAGUUGGGGCGAGACUUCGUUGACCGUAGGACAGCACGAUGGCAUCACCCCGGCACUACGGACACACUACUCGGGAUAUUGCCAAUGUGAUGCAGAGGCUGCAAGAUGAGCAGGAGGCAGUGCAGAAAAGGACAUUCACAAAGUGGAUCAAUUCCCAUUUGGCAAAGCAUGUCCCACCUUUGGUGGUGACAGACCUAUUUGAGGACAUCAAGGACGGUGUGAAGCUGCUGGCCCUGCUGGAAAUCCUGUCUGGACAGAAACUGCCAUGUGAGCAGGGUAAGAAGCUAAAGAGGAUCCACUGGGUCGCCAACAUCGGUACUGCUCUCAACUUCCUCGAGGGGAGGAAGUCGGCCUACAGAGGAUCUCCGAUCAAGCUAGUCAACAUCAACUCCACAGACAUUGUUGAUGGACGCCCAUCAAUCGUACUGGGGUUGUUGUGGACCAUCAUCCUCUAUUUCCAGAUUGAGGAGCUGACUAGUAGCCUGCCCGCGCUCCAGGCCGGCAGCACCUCCUCACUGGACAGCUCCACCAGCAGCACCGAGGCCACCAGCCCACCUGUAAAAAGGAAACCCGUCCCACCUCCGGGCGGAGCCAGAAAGGCACUGCUGAGAUGGGUUCAGCAGACAGCCACCAAACGCUUGGGGCUUGAGGUGAAGGACUUCGGCCCCAGCUGGCGCACAGGUUUAGCGUUCUUUGCAGUUAUCCAUUCCCUCCGGCCCAAACUGGUUGACAUGGAGCGUGUAUUGAGGAGGCCCAACCGUGAAAACCUGCAGGAAGCCUUUUUACUGGCUGAGACUGAGUUAGGCAUUCCACAGCUUCUUGACCCAGAAGAUGUCGAUGUAGACAAGCCGGAUGAGAAAUCCAUUAUGACAUACGUAGCCCAGUUUCUGAAGCAUCACCCUGACCGAAAGCAGAGCGACUCAGACGAACAGCCAGAAGAAGAGAGAGAGCAGCGAAAGAGCCUGAGGGAGCUCAAAAUGUGGCUCGACCAGCUGGAGAGAGAUGCGGUACAGACCCAGGGGACUGGGGGCAAUCUCGCUCAACAGUACCAGUCGUUCAAGAGUCUACGUGUCCAGUUGGAGAUGAGGAGGAAGCAGGUAGAGGGAUCGUUACAGUCCACGCAGAGAGACGGGAUUCUGACUGUGGAUCAGGCGCUGGUCAAACAAGCCUGGGAAAGGGUCUCCAACAGACUCCUGGACUGGCAUCUGCAGCUGGACAGGUCUCUCCCCGCUCCUCUCGACAUGGUGGGGGCGUGGCUGCACGAGGCUGAAGGUGCCCUGCGCCAAGAGAUCGUCGUCCAGCAAGCGCACGACGUGACAGAUACGACUGUCCACAGAGCCCUGGAGCAGCAUAAGGAUGUGUUGAAGAGCCUGGAAAGUCACCAGCAGGUCCUUCAGAGGAUCCAUAAGGACAGAAGUGUCGAUGGAGUCCCUGUUCCCCCAGACCAACUUCAAGACAUGGCCGAGAGGAUGAACUUUAUCUCUACAUCCUCUAGCAUCCACCUUGCCAAGAUGGAAUUCCUGGAGAACAAACACCACAUGCAGGCCUUCCUCUCCCUAGCUGAGACAAAGCUCAAAUCCUGGAUCAUCAAAUAUGGCCGACAAGAGUCUGUGGAACUGAUGCUGCACAACUAUGUCUCAUUUGUGGAGAAGCAACACUUCUUUGAAAAUUACGAGUCAUUCUUCCAGUCCCUGAAACACUCUGCUGAGGCCUACGUCAAAGCUGACAGCUCAGUGGAUGAGGGUGAGGUGGGGGUGCGCAGGUUCAUGCGGGAGGUGGUGACUCAGUGGAGGAGUCUGUCGAUGGAACUGCGCAGUGUGAGGAGCAUGCUGGAGGAGGUGCUGUCCAACUGGGAGAGGUACAGCUCCACCGUGGCCUCCCUACAGGCCUGGCUGGAGGAUGCAGAGGAAGCCCUGAGUCAGCCAGAAAACACUAAAAGGGAGUUUUUCAGGAAUCUCAGCCACUGGAUGGAUCAGCAUUCAACCAUGAACGACUCCGGGAAUUUCCUCAUUGAAACGUGUGAUGAGACUGUGUCCCUUGAUCUCAAGCGGCAGCUACUUCUUUUGAAUGGACGGUGGAGAGACCUCAUCCUCAAAGUCAAACAAUAUGCUCGAGUAGAUGAGUUGGAGAAGUGGAGAAAAGACCACAUGAAGGCUGCGUUGGCCCUGAAAGAGCUGCUGGACUCAGCAGAGGCCAAGCUCAAUGCUCCAAUUCAAGUGUCUUUCCUUAAUGUGAGAGGCUUUCUACAGGAUGUGGAGAAUACCAAGCAAAAGGUUGUCGCCAUGGAGACGCAAUACAAGUUGGCAGCUCGCAGUGCUCAGCUUCUUGCCAAAGAUGCAUCACAGGAUGAGGCUGCCAGGUUCAUGGCAACGAUGACAACAGCCAAAAGUCAGCUGAGUAAAGUGAGAGAGCGUUGUCCCUCCCUGGUGAGGGAGUGCCACAUCCUGCUGCCACUGUUGGAGGAGAUGGAGAAACACAUCACGGCUUUUUACCAAGCCCUGGAGCGGGCCAGUCGCAUCACCUCUGCUUCAAGAGACCCAGACUCACAGGCCCAGGCCCAGCACAAACAAAAGUGGCAGGAUUUAUUAAACCAGCAGCAAAGCUGUAAACGAUGUCUAGCAGUGAUUGAGAGGAAUCACCACACCCUGCAGAGGACGCUUUGCACCAGCAAGGUGCUCCGAAACUUUGACCUGUCACUGCUGCAAAAGAGAGUAGCUGAAAUACAGAGCUCAGCACAGGCUUUGUUGAAGGAGGUUGGGGACUGGAGGAGGCAGGAGGAGGCCAACAAUUGCCUGAGGAGAAGGUUCGAGGAAUCACGACAAGAACUGGAAAGGGUGCUGAAGAAAGCUCAGGGCUGCUUGAGAGAGACCGGAGAUGCAGAGGAACUACUGAAGAAACAUACUGAGUUUUUUGGCCAACUGGACCAGCGGGUGCUGAGCGUGUUCUUGAAGGCGUGUGAUGAGCUGACUGACAUCCUACCGCAGGAGGAACAAGAGGGGCUUCAAGAGACAGUCCGCAGGCUGCACAAACACUGGAAGGACAUCCAGGGCGCGGUGCCAUCUCACCUUCUCCGUGUCAAGGUGGAGGUGGAGCAAAGUCGCGUGGCUGUGGUCCUACAAGACUGCAGAGCGGAGCUGGACAGAGAAAUGCAAGCCCUGUCUGGCACCUGUACCAGUGAGCGAGUGAUAAAAGAACACAGAACUUUCUUCAGGGAACGCAAACCUCUGACUUUGUGUGAGAAGAGGAUUAGGAACAUGGAGGAUCUGUGUCAUACGUUGCCUGACAACGACCUGGCGUAUCGAACACUAGACUCCACCAGAAGGGCUGUAGAAGAGGUUGCAGAGCAAAUCAAAAGCACCCACCUCAAACUGGAGCAGCACCCUGACAAAUGGAAAGAGUGGAAUGAAAGGUUCUGCGAAUUGUCUGAUUGGCUCUCAUCUCAGAGGAGGCAGGUGAGGCUCCUGAGAGACACGGCAAGAAAUUCCAGCCAUCAGGAGCAAGUGGAUGCUGCUGUUCAGGCACUGCAGGAAGCAGUAGAUGCCCGAGAGGAGAGCUUAUUGUGGCUCAAAAGCCUCCUUACCGAGCUGUCUGAGGUUAGCUCCGAACUGGAGGUUCAGAGACAACGAACGGCCCUGGCCAAACUCUCAACUGACCUUCGGGCACUCUUCUCGUCACUCCGUCAGUGGGAUGAAGAGGGCUCUGCCAUGUUCGAGUACGAGGAGCUGAGGGAGGAGGUGCGUGGUGCUCUCGAGGAGGUUCUGAGAGCGCGGAGGGAGGCAGAGGAGCAGACCAGCAAGAUCCUUGAUGCCGAGGAUCUGGAGGUGGCCAACCAACUUUACCAUAUUCACCAGCAACACCUGAGGCGCCUGCACGCUAACAGGAGAGAGGCCGAGCUUCUGGUGUCCCACUGCCGCCAGCUGCAGAAAGGGGAGGCACUCAGUCCUUCUCUACGGGAACUGGAGGGAGCUUUCACAGAGGUCGACCGCAAAUCGGGGGCCAAAGAGCACAACCUGCAGGCCACUCUGAGCUCCUGGCAGAAUUUUGAAGCAGAGAGACAAAUGGUUUGGAGGUUUGUCAGCAAUACCAACAAUGAACUACACAGAGACCUUAUUUUCAACAGUUUGGACAGCCUGAGAACUGAACUGGAGCGCAAUAAGGAGCUCUUCACCAGGCUUGACGAAUGUUGCGUGACAGCAGAUCUGCUCCUAGAGAAGGCAGCAGAUAUUCAGCUUGGUCCAAAGAAUCAGACUCUUCUUCUACAGCAGGCCCAGUCCACCAGAGAAUCAGUCACUCAACUGCAAGACCACCUCAACAAGAACGUUGUCCAGCUGGAUAAGAUGUGUGUGUGGUGGGAACACUUCAGCAGUGAAUCAGAGACUCUUUCCUCUUGGAUCUAUGAGAAAGAGAAGGAGCUUGAGGCCAUCAAUGCAGCCUCCUCCUUGGAUCCUUUAGACAAAAACAUCAGUACAGUGGAGGAGGUGGGGAAGGGUUUAGAGGAGAGAAGGGCAGCCCUGGCUCACAUGGAGGAAGACUGUGAGGCCCUGUCGGGGUUUGUGACCCCCGGAGAGGCUGGAUGUAUCCGGGCACAACUUUCCCAGAUGAGGCGUUACUGGGAGGAGCUGAAGGGGAGAGUAGAGCAGCUGGGAGGACAACUCAACCAGAGUGUCUGCUACAGGCAGAGAUACAAUGAUAACCGUGAACAGGUCAAGAAAACAAUGUGUGAUAUUAGAGAGAAGCUUGACUGUCCGAUCACGUGCUGUUCAUCAUCUGAGACCUACAAAAUCCUCCAGAAUCACAUGGAUGUCUGCCAGGCCGCUGAGCAGCUGAAGCCCCGGCUGAUGGCUCUAUGUUCGGCCAUGAAGAGGCUCGGAGAGGGCAGCCAGCCGGAGGAAGAGGUGGCUGACCUCCAGAAGCAACGCGGACAGUUCCUGGAAAAGGCUGCAGAAAAGCAAGCUUUGUUAGAGAGUCUUCUUGCUCUGUGGCAAAGAUUUGAAAAGGAGAAUUCGUCCAUGAAAAACUGGUUGGACAGGUGUGAGUGUGUUUGUUGUCCUGACACCGACCUGCUCUCUGCCGACAAAGUGAAGAUUAGGAAUGAACUACAAAUUGUGCAGGAAAUGCAGGGAGAGACGCAGUCCUAUGAGAUUCUUCUCCAGGGUCUUGGGAAUCUUGCAGUGUGUCUGUAUCCCACGGCACCUAAAGCUCUUGUCCAGGCGCUCAGCGAUGAUCUCACUCAGCUACAGGACAGAUCUGCUUCUGUGAAGAACAGCAUAUCACACAGGCAAUUGUGCUUUUAUACAUCAUGA